UCGUCUUCGUCUUCUUCUUCUUCUUCUUCUUCUUCUUCUUCUUCUUCCCACUAAUCCAAAAUGCUGCUUCUAACUUCACCGGCCUUCGCCCUCUCUGCAUUCCUCUGCUUCUUCGCCGCCGUCUCUGCAGACGAUCCUUACCGUUUCUUCACCUGGAAUGUCUCCUACGGCGACAUUUACCCUCUCGGCCUCCGCCAGCAGGGCAUACUGAUCAAUGGUCAGUUCCCCGGCCCUGAUAUCCACUGCGUCACUAACGACAACCUUAUUAUCAAUGUCUUCAACAGCUUAGAUGAACCCUUCCUCAUUUCCUGGAACGGAGUUCAACAGAGAAAGAACUCAUACGAAGACGGUGUUUAUGGAACAACCUGCCCCAUCCCUCCCGGAAAGAACUUCACCUACAUUCUCCAAGUCAAGGAUCAGAUUGGAAGCUUUUACUAUUUCCCCUCUCUCGCCUUCCACAAGGCCGCCGGUGGUUUCGGCGCCAUCAGAAUCCUCAGCCGCCCCCUCAUCCCCGUCCCCUUCCCUGAUCCCGCCGGUGACUACUCCCUUCUCAUCGGAGACUGGUACAGCUCCAAUCACACGACCUUGAAGGCUUGUUUGGAUCUUGGUAAAAAGCUUCCAUUUCCUGAUGGAAUCCUCAUCAAUGGCCGUGCCAAUUACACCUCCUUCAGCGUUGAACAAGGAAAAACUUACAGGUUGAGAAUUUCAAAUGUGGGGCUGCAGCAUUCCCUCAACUUCCGAAUUCAAGGACAUCAAAUGAAGCUUGUAGAAGUGGAGGGAACACAUACCCUUCAAACCACGUACUCCUCGCUCGACAUUCAUGUCGGUCAGUCUUACUCCGUGCUCGUCACAGCCGACCAGCCAGCUCAAGACUACUACAUUGUCGUCUCUUCUCGCUUCACCAACCCAGUGCUCACCACCACCGGCACUCUUCGUUACAGUAACUCUACUGGCCCUGUCAAAGGCCCUCUUCCUGGAGCUCCAACCACAGAAGUCGGCUGGUCUCUCAACCAAGCUCGCUCUAUUAGGACCAACCUUACAGCCAGUGGACCAAGGCCAAACCCACAAGGAUCAUAUCACUAUGGUCUGGUAAACACAAGCAGAACCAUCAUACUUGAAAGUUCUGCUGGCCUAAUCAACAGCAAACAAAGAUAUGCGGUUAACAGAGUCUCCUUCAUCCCGGCUGACACUCCCCUGAAACUUGCCGACUUCUUCAAAAUAGGAGGGGUUUUUCGCGUCGGAAGUAUCUCCGAUCGCCCUACCGGUGGAGGAAUGUACCUCGACACAUCAGUGAUGGGUGCAGACUACAGAGCGUUUGUUGAAAUUGUGUUCCAAAACAAUGAGAACAUUGUCCAAAGUUGGCAUAUUGAUGGCUACUCUUUCUUUGUGGUCGGUAUGGAUGGAGGGCAGUGGAGUGAGUCUAGCAGAGGGCAGUACAAUCUGCGGGAUGCAAUAGCUCGUUGUACGAUUCAGGUAUACCCUUUGUCAUGGACUGCAAUUUACAUGUCCCUGGACAACGUAGGGAUGUGGAACAUGAGGUCGGAGUUUUGGGCUAGACAGUAUCUGGGACAGCAAUUCUACCUCCGCGUGUAUACGCCAUCGACGUCGCUUAGGGACGAGUACCCCAUUCCAAAGAAUGCUCUUCUGUGUGGCAGGGCAAGUGGUAGGCACACCAGGCCACUCUAAAUCAGUAGCAUUCCAAAUAUUUGAACCCCACACACACACAUACACAUACACACACAAGGUGGCUAAAAAGCAAGGUCUGUUUGCUUUCGUAGUGUUGUAAUAUCGAUGAUUAGAUUGCCCGGUCCUUCGAUUGACCCUAUCUCGUGGUCGGCUCACAUUCUUUCCCCGUAUAUCAUUUGAUUUCUUCCCCCAUUUGCUCUUUUUAUUUUUAUAUCAUAUUGUUACCUAUCAACUUUAUUAAAUAUCAAGAUUGUUUUUGGUUU